AUGAACUCCACGGAUAAUGAUAGCCAGUAUUAUGACGACGAUUACUAUUACUUUGGUCCGGGCGAAGUGUCCAGUUUUGUAAUCACCCGCAUUGCCAGCGGCAUCAGCAUUCUGUCGGCUCUUUGUAUCUUGCUAGAGACACGGCGUUUCCGAGUGUGCUUGCAUCAGAUCCUGUUCAGUCUGUCCUGUGCAUUGAUCAUUUCUGGCAUUGCCAGUAUUUUUGGAACAACUCCUCUUUCGGAUCACGAUUUCUAUGGAGCCCGAGGGACUACUGCCACGUGCUCGUUGCAAGGGUUCUUCCUGCAACUGGGUGGGACCUUGGCAGUUAUGUGGGAUGUGGCCUUGUCCAUAAUAUUUCUCUUUAUUGUCAAGUACAACUGGACGGAACGAAGACUCUCCACGAGCCUUAUGCGAGUCUUUCACGGCGUGAUUUGGCCUGUCGCCAUUGCCUUGUGCGUGGCGCCACUCUUCUUCGAGUUGUACAAUCCCUAUUACGACUUGUGCUGGAUUGCAGCGUAUCCCUCUCAGUGCGGAUACGAUGAUGAUUACGAAUGUGAACGAGGCAGUCCUCUUGUGGAACAGGUAUUUCACAUACUCAACACAGCCAUAUUGAUCUUGGCGAUUGCCGUCUCGAUUGGCUCCAUGCUGACCCUAUUUUGGCAUGUGAGAGAAUUGGAAAACCGGAAUCACCGAUAUUCUUUUGGAGCAUCGACGACGGACUCUGGCCAACAAUCUACCACGAACCACACUAAUUUGGGCAGAGAAUCCACCUCUACCAGUGGUCCCGAUCGACGACGAUCCCAGGCCGUGGCGUUACAAGGAAUGCUCUACUCCAGUACCAUUGUCCUGGCCAAUGUACCGACAUUCAUUGCCAAUUACUAUUCACCAACUUGGUUCUUGGUUGUGACAGCCGCUUCCCGAAACCUCUAUGGAUUGUACUACUUGCUCAUAUUCAUGAGGAAAAAGUCCAGUUUUGAAACCCGGUACGGUAGACUGAUUCAUUGGAUCUUUCAAAGAUGCUGUUGUUGCUGUUGCUUCGGUGGGGAUGGAGAUGGACGGCAUUCCCGGAGCAGUCGACCAACCUCCAAGACGCAACAGGCAGCUAGUACACGUAACGGUAUACAGGAAGAGCCAGCGGCUUCAAUGAGGGAUGCCAAUGACACCCAUGGAACGAUGGAGGAUCAGCCCGUGGCGAUAGGGACAGUUCACGAAACAACAGUUCAACGUGAAACAACCAGGAAUAUUGACAAUAAUCGACAAGAAAGUGCUGCAUCUUUCUUCUGCCCGAGUGACGAUGAAAAUGCGUCGUUGGAAGCAGGAUUAUCGACAUUACACUCCGCCGAGGUAACUUCUUGA